AUGCAAAUCUUUGUUAAGACACUUACUGGAAAGACUAUUACAUUAGAAGUUGAACCAAAUGAUUCUAUUGAUGCUAUUAAAGCUAAGAUUCAAGAAAAAGAAGGAAUUCCACCUGAUCAACAAAGACUUAUUUUUGCAGGCAAACAAUUAGAAGAAGGAAAGACACUUUCAGAUUAUAACAUUCAAAAAGAAUCAACACUUCAUUUAGUCUUAAGAUUAAGAGGAGGAUAUUAAAAGGUGUGUUUAGUCUCAAUAAAGAUUCUUUACAUCCUUUUGUAAUUGAUUUUCAACUUU